GCGCCGCGGGCGGAGGGACGCGCGGAGAUGACGCAAGCAGCACCGGAAGCCGCUCCCGGGUUAGGUUGCGGACGGAGAGCGGCGGCCGCGGGUCCAGGCGCCAUGGCUGUGGAGCGGACCCGGCCGCUGCGAGGCUCUGGCGGCCCGAGCGCGCCUGGUCGGUGUGGGCCCCGCGCGAGGUCCCGGGCCCUGGGGCGCUCGCUCAGGUCAGUGCCGCGCGGAACACGCUCCCGGAGCCGGGGACCUGGGAGCGACGGACGGGUGGAAGGGCUCUGGAGUUGAUGUUAGACUUGAGAAAAUUGAGCCUCGGAGUUACUGCCUCGGUUUCCUUAGCUGCGAAAUGCGUUAGCAGUGACGUUCCAGGGCUGCCCUGAGGUUGAAAGAUGAAGUGUCGAGAGGUGUAUGAAGUGCAAGCGCUGUACUAACGUGAGGGACUGCGCCAUAGUUGUGGGUAUGCCAUGGAAACAGGUAAAUUUUUCCAUAACCUUAUGGAGAGAAAGGACUUUGAGACAUGGCUUGAUAACAUUUCUGUUACAUUUCUUUCUCUGACGGACUUGCAGAAAAAUGAAACUCUGGAUCACCUGAUUAGUCUGAGUGGGGCAGUCCAGCUCAGGCACCUCUCUAAUAACCUGGAGACUCUCCUCAAGCGGGACUUCCUCAAACUCCUGCCCUUGGAGCUCAGUUUUUAUUUGUUAAAAUGGCUCGAUCCUCAGACUUUACUCACAUGCUGCCUCGUCUCUAAACAGUGGAAUAAGGUGAUAAGUGCCUGUACAGAGGUGUGGCAGAUUGCAUGUAAAAAUUUGGGCUGGCAGAUAGAUGAUUCUGUUCAGGACGCUUUGCACUGGAAGAAGGUUUAUUUGAAGGCUAUUUUGAGAAUGAAGCAACUGGAGGACCAUGAAGCCUUUGAAACCUCAUCAUUAAUUGGACACAGUGCCAGAGUGUAUGCACUUUACUACAAAGAUGGACUUCUAUGUACAGGGUCAGAUGACUUGUCUGCAAAACUGUGGGAUGUGAGUACAGGGCAGUGCGUUUAUGGCAUACAGACCCAUACUUGUGCAGCGGUGAAGUUUGAUGAGCAGAAACUUGUGACAGGCUCUUUUGACAACACUGUGGCCUGCUGGGAAUGGAGUUCCGGAGCCAGGACCCAGCACUUUCGGGGGCACACAGGGGCUGUAUUUAGUGUCGACUACAAUGAUGAACUUGAUAUCUUGGUGAGUGGCUCUGCAGACUUCACUGUGAAAGUAUGGGCUUUAUCUGCUGGGACGUGCCUGAACACACUCACCGGGCACACAGAAUGGGUUACCAAGGUGGUUUUGCAGAAGUGCAAAGUUAAGUCUCUCUUGCACAGCCCUGGAGACUACAUCCUCUUAAGUGCAGACAAAUAUGAGAUCAAGAUUUGGCCAAUUGGGAGAGAAAUCAACUGCAAGUGCUUAAAGACACUGUCUGUCUCUGAGGAUAGAAGUAUCUGCCUGCAGCCAAGACUUCAUUUUGAUGGCAAAUACAUCGUCUGUAGUUCAGCACUGGGCCUCUACCAAUGGGACUUUGCCAGUUAUGAUAUUCUCAGGUAAUGUUUCCACCUAGCGUGGUUAGGAAAUUUGCCUCAAGUCGCACAACCAGGAUGUGAAGCAACAGCUCUUUCUGACUCCAAAGUCCAGACUUUUCCCCUUGCACCACAUGCCUCUCCUGCACCAGUCACCUUGAGUCGCAGAUGCUGCCGUUCACUGUCUUCCCUGUUGCCCGAGGCAGGUGAUGGCUCUGAUUUCAGGACUGUGACCCUCUGCCCAGGAGAGGCUCUGCUCCCCAGAGCCUGAUCCUAAAAAUUCAGCAGGAGUGGAUUGUUCCAUUUGCAGGGACCCAGCCUGGAAAGUAAAAGCAGUAUGUUUGUCCUCUCCCUGCUGAAGGGGCAGGCUGCUCCCUGUCCUAGAAGGCGAUACAGGGGCAGGCUGUGCCUCCUUGAGGACUUGCAGAUGUUUCCUGAGGCCAUGAGAGCAUUUCUGCUUCUUGCCAGUUCAUGAGAGCUGCCGGGAAAGCCGGCUUCGUGGCCCUGCUCUUGUAAAUGUCAACAAGCCACUCUAGCCAGCAAUCUGGAAAUUACCCUGAAAUAUGAAGGUUAGGAGAGGCCCACGGAGGAUGGAGGCCCCAUCACCAGUUUGUUGGAUUCUUGCCAAAGCCCAGCAGAGGCUUCACUAUAGAGGCAGCAAGACCUGGUGGUUGAGACAUGCAGCUUUGCAGUCAGUUUUAGCUUUGAAAACCACCUUUGCCGCCUAUGAAGUCUGUGACCGUGGGGCAAGUUUCUCCAUCUUCCUAAACCUGAAUUACUUCAUUUUUUUUUUUUUUAACAGAGAGUAAUUGUCUCCUUUUCAGAGUUCUAGAUAUAAAAGAUAUAAUGUAUAUAAAACCCUGACCACCAAGCCUAGCACAGUGCCCACAUACAACAGUGACACCAAUGAUGAAGACAACAAUAAUUAUUAAACUAUCCCUAGCAGAUUUUUGCUGUUUGCAACUAAGAACCCUGACAUACAGUUAAUGCCAUUGGUUGGGGGAGCAGAGCAGUCUUCUAGAAAGACAGGUCACUUGGGCCAGAUGGAUGGUUUCCCCUGGUCCAGGACAAGUGCUGUCUGAGAAAGUGACCCCUUGCACCGCUUCUCUCUACCCUGACCCUGGGGCAUGCCAUCCUUAGGGUGUGUGCAUGUGCUGUUCUCCUCUGGGUCUCAAUUCCUGGAGUAACCUUGGGAACGGAGAGGCCUGAUUAAGACACUGUGGUCACUCUUCUGAAUCCCAGGAAACACAUAAUCAUUUCUCUGUCCCAACCACCAACACAAGAUUGUGUUAUUAUUCUUUUUUUUAAUUUUUAUUGAUUUCAGAGAAGAAGGGAGAGGGAGAGAGAAAUAGAAACAUCAAUGAUGAGAUAGAAUCAUUGAUCAGCACCUCUUGCAUACCCCCCACUGGGGAUUGAGCCUGCAACCCCUGGGCAUGUGCCCUGGCCGGGAAUCGAACCGUGACCUCCUGGUUCACAGGUCGAGGCUCAACCACUGAGCUAUGCCGGCUGGGCAGGACUGUGUUGUUUUUUGAAGAAAGUGCAUAAUUGGAUAUUGAACAAUAUUUAAAAGUUAGAGAGCAUUUCGUAAGGAUGAUUUUAUUUAUAUUACCUGGGCACACAAAUAUCCACAAAAAGAUGGGCUUUAUAAAAAUCUUAUUCGAAUCGCUCUUUCUUUUUAAAUUUUAUUUUGUUGUUGACAGUAUUACUGAUGUCUCCCAUUCCCCCCCCCCCCCACUUUACCCUCCUCAAUCCAUCCCCUACCUACCCCUCCCCCCCUCAGGUCUUCCCUACCCUAUUACCUGUGCCCAUGGGCUAUGCAUAUAAGUAUGUAAGUUCUUUGGUUUAUCUCUCCUUGCUCUCCCACCCCCACAUGGAGGUAUGUCAGUCCGUUCCAUGCCUCCAUGCUUCAGGUCUUAUUUUGUUGGCCAAUUCAUUUUGUUCAUUAGUUUCCACAUAUAAGUGAGAUCAUGUGAUAUUUGUCUUUCUCAGAUUGGCUUAUUUCGCUUAGCAUAAUAGUCUCCAGGCCCAGCCAUUGCUGUUCCAAAGGGUAAGAGAUCCCUGUUUUUUGCAGCUGCAUAGUAUUUCAUUGUGUAUUGAGUCUUUGUGGAGCUCUUCCAGUUUUCAUGUAGAGGACUCCAGGAAAGAAGCAGAUAGCCUUGUGCAGUUUUGGUUUCUAAUAUUUUCACUGGUCAUUCUUUCAUAUAGACUUUUCCAUGUCUUGACUAGUUUUAUAUUUGUCAUUAAAAAUGUAUUGAUUGAUUAGAGAGAGAGAGAGAGAGAAACAUUGAUUUGUUGUUCCACUUAUUUGUGCAUUCAUUGGUUGCUUCUUGUCUAUGGCCGGGGAUUGAACCCACAGCCUUGGCGUGUUGGGAUGAUGCUCCAUUGUCAUUUUUAAGCUUGUCAUAGUAUUCCUUCAAGUGAAUGGGGCAGGGUUUGCCCCUCCACCUGUCAUUUGGCACUUGGGUAGUUCCAAUUUUCUGCUAUUUUAUAUCUCUAGAAAUAUUUCUUUAGAACAAAUUCCUAGAAGCAGAGUGAGGAGUCAACAGGUAGGAAUAGAGUUCCUUGGCCCUGUUAUUUAAGGUUAGAUCAUCCUCAAGAAAGAUAAAACCAACUCACACGUGUUCUCUCCUGUUCUGAAAUGGAAAAGGAAUACGGAAGCAGUGCCAAUGAGAUGACAACACAAUUUGCUGAGCCAGGCAGAAUUUUCUGGAAGGGGGUGGAAGGGCUGGGCUUCUCUGUGAGAAUGCCCUCAACUGCAAUCCCAGUGCUCUGUCAGCUUGUUCAGGGCCACCCCACCCCUGCCUCGAGCGCCUCUGCAGGAAUUGUAUCUUGGCAGUCAGCAUAGAAUGGGUGUUCUCUAGAAUCUCCCACAAAUUCUCAAGAGUCAAGUGCCUAUGGUGGGUGGGAGUAAAUGUUAUACCUGAACCAGGUAAGAAAGCCUGGUGGAGGGAGCCCUACAUUGACCCUGGAUUUAGAAGACCUGGAUCCAGGCAAGGCCCUGCCAUCAUGCGGAUGACUCAUCAGGCCCUCCCUGUCACACUCACAGGGAUGGCACAUUACUGACAUUUCACAAUUCUAGAUGCAUUCCUUUGACCUGGGUCAUUGACUCAAUACCAUACAGGCCACCAGGGACAUGGUCCGCUCAUACCCAGGGUGAACAGGCCUGUGUGGGGAAGGAGGUGAAGGGCCCCAUGAAGACUCUGAAAGCAGGGAAGGAGCCCCAAGAAGCAGAUGCAGCUCAGUCUAGCCUUUCACAAAAACUCAACACCUAGGCUUCCUUCUCUAGUCGCCUCAGACCUGGGGGCUCUCCUGGAAGUGCACAGAGCCGUCCUGAGGCUGUUUGGCCUGGACAGAAACCUGGGAUGGAUGUUUCCUGUCAGCUUUGAGAAUUGACCACAAAUUCCCAUGGAGUUGCCCAGUGACUCCACCCAAGCCACCUUGUGUGUGAGUGCCUGGCCUGCGUAGCUCACAUCACACAUGACGCCGUGACUCCUGUUCUGUGUGGCUCUCCUGUCCUACAGUGGACUCAGCACCAUGAUUCAGUCUUUAGCCAAACCCAGUGCGGCUCAGACCACCGUCUCCGCACAGAUUCUGUCCCCUUCUCCUCUUCCCCUCAUUCCCUAUCUUCUACCCAUCCUGCCUUUUCUCUUUCUCAAACACACUAAGCUGGUUCCUGUGUGAGAGACUCGCCAUGUGUGAGUCCCUCUCCUUGGAUCUUCCCAUGCUAUCCCCUGGUUCUCAUUCAGGCCUCAGUUUGAUGGGCACCUUUUCCUAAGAGGUCAUUCUACUGAGUCAUUUUCUAUCCCCUUAACAGCCUGUGUUUUCUUCUUAGCACUGUCAUUUCCAAAGAUGAUCUUAUUUCCCCAGAUAUUGUCUGACUCCUUAGUUAGAACCUAAGUUCCAUGAGGACAAGGGCUGUUCUGUUCUCUGCUCAGAGCUGAGAAAGACAGCAGCAUCUGCAGGGGACCCAUCCAGGAAUCCCAGGCAGAGUGGCCCUCUCUGGUCUUCAUUCAGCUCCUCAGUGGAAUGUGCAUAUGGGCUUGGCAGCAGAGGGAGCCCUGGCUGGGCUGCAUGCAGAUUGGGGUUCCUGCCCAACUCAGCAGUUGUACCUGUGUUGUAACCUGGACCACCUCCUACCCAAGUCUGUGGAUGGAGCAGGCUGGGCCCAGUGGGCAGAAGCUCAUAGGGAAAGUCUUUACUUUGAUUUGAAGAGCACUUUUGAACAGAGCUGACGGGAGACAGAAGCGUAGUGCUGCUGUUCGCCUGCGGCAGCUCCACGCCUUGUCCAUCCACCCCUCCGUGGCUUGCUGCCCUCUGCCUCCAGGGGGCCUGCCCACCAACCCACUGGCUCACUGAGCUCACUGGCUCCUGAACCUAUUUUCCAGCACAGAUGCUGGGGAACUAGAUCAGAUGAUCUGUGUGGGCCAGUUCAUCUCCAGUUUCAGGGGCUUGGCCCAGAGCAGUUCAUUUCUAAUCUGCAGCCUGCGGACAGCAGGGCCUCCAGGGCAUAGAGGGUGACAGAUUGGGCUAAGAUGCCAAUGGCAUGCCAGAGUUAAAGCUCAGUGACUCACAGGCCAGUACACCGGUUAGUGACCACAUCUGACCCACGUGCUCUUUGCUUUGAACUGAAAGCUGGCUGUCUGAAUCAGGAAUGCAGCACCUAGGAGAAAUAUGAGCUUCAGCCUGCAUCUGCUGCCGGGUUACUGUGUGGGCUUGACUAAGUCCUUUCCUUCUCAGAGCCUUAUGUUUUUUUGUUUUGUUUUGUUUUUUAAUCCCCACCUGAGGACAUGCUAAGAGAGAGGAUGGCAGAGGGAGAGAGAAGAGAGAGAGACAGAAGGAACUGAUGUGAGAGAGAAACAGCAAUCGGUUGCCUCCCAUACGUGCCCAGACCCAGAUCAAACCUGAAACCUGGGUACGUGCCCUGACUGGGAAUUGAAACUGCAACCGUUCAGUGUACAGGAUGACACUCCAACCAACUGAGCUGCACUGGCCAAGGCUUAAGGGCCUCUCUUCUAACCUUAACGUUCUAGGAUUCUACCAGUGAACCUUAGACGUGAAAAUCCUAGUGCUCGUGCCCAAGCUCCAAUUCUUCAGCAGGUCAUUCUUCUUAGUUGACAGCCCAGCAAGGAACCAAGACCCCUCACCCCCAUCAGCAGCCCAAGUCUUCUAGAGUAUCUGUUUAUUCACAGCUCUGGCUGGGCAGGUGACAUCAGUUUGUGACCUGUCCGUGAACAGAGCUUGAGAUGUCCAUCAUGAGAGAGGUGAGCUGAAUCUAGUCCAGAGUCACCUGGAGGCAGUCCCACCAGCAUCCAGACUGGUCUGCUCAUCCUGAGGGCAGGAGAGGGACUUUGUGCCUCUGACUUUGACCAUGUGGGCACCCCAUGGGCAGCAAGCAUCUUGGCCAAGACCUCCCUGGAUGUGGCAGCCCUGGGCAGACCUCCCUGCGAUGAAAAGGAGCCUCUCCAUGAUGCCCUGUGAUAAUUGCAUGAUGUUUAUAGUUCCAUGCUGCUUUCCUGAAACCCAUCUGAAUUAACCUGAGGCACGACCACACAGGGAGAACAGGGAAACCUAAGACUGAGUUCCUGGGGCCAUGCUCUGUCCCGAGCCAGCUUUUUCUUUCACCCUGUAGGAUUCCUAUAGGAAUGAGAGACUCAAAAAGUCCAAUAGCUGAAUAAACCUUUCCCAAGCAUCGUCUCUGUGCUAACUCCAGGCUGGGAAUCAGGAAUUAAAAGUGAAUCAUUAGCUUCUUAAUGCUCUGUGCAAUAUAUAUAUCUACCUACACAAACACACAGUAUAGAGUCUCAGGAGAAUAGGCUUUUCAUGAAACAAAUCUUGUAGAUACCACUGUAAGGAUGGAUACACUGGCUUUAAGGGAAUAUACUUGUCUUGUUUAAAAAAUAAAGAAGUAAAUACUAAAAGUAAAAAAAAGAAUCAGACAUGGUUCCUGUUCUCAGAGAGUUUGCAUAAAUCUUUUUUACCCUCUGAGCCCUAGUUCUGCAAAAUGGAGUUAAUGUUCCCUGCCUAGGGUUGUUAGAUGGAGCAAAUAAAAGUACACGAUACUUAGUUAAAUUUGAAUUUCAGAUAUGCAAGGUAUAAUGGUUUAAGUACGAGUAUGUCCCAUGAAAUAUUUGGGACGUAUUUAUGCUUAAAAAUUCGUCACAGUGUAUCUGAAAUUCAAAUUUUACUGGCAUCUUGUACUUUAUCUGGCAACCCUACCUCUGUCCAAACUAAUUCAGGGACUUUAUGAGGUGCAACAAGAAUAAUAUGUGAGCCCUAGCCGGCUUGGCUCAGUGGAUAGAGCGUCAGCCUGCGGACUGAAGGGUCCCAGGUUUGAUUCGGGCCGAGGGCACAUGCCUAGGUUGCAGGCUCGUUCCCCAGUGGGGGGUGUGCAGGAGGCAGCCAAUCAAUGAUUCUCUCUCAUCAUUGAUGUUUCUGUCUCUCUCUCCUUCUCCCUUCCUCUCUGAAAUCAAUAAAGAAAUAUAUUUUUUUUAAAAAAA